CAACCCAAAAAAAAAAAAACAGAGAGCUCGCAGUGUUAAGAUCGGCAGUCCCUUUUGUUGAAGCUGAGCUCGGUCAAGCGCGCCUUCCUCCUCAGAUCUUCGAUCGGCGUGAAGCCUGACUCCUCUUUUUGUGUGUACGAAAGCUCUGAGGAACACGCUUGUUCAAGAUCAGUCCUCUCCAACGUCAAAAUUCAAUGCCAUUCAUUUCAAUCUUGGUUCGUCCUUUCUUCGCCCCUCCCAAAGCCCUAUAGAAGAGUCGGAGGGUACCACCACAUCAUCUGAAGGUUGAGGUGGAAGAGGAGAGACGCCAUGAUUGGCCGCAGAGAAGGUCCCUUGAUGAGGAACAAUACCCAUUCUCUACACAAAUCGAGGGUCCUUGUCGCUGUAGCCAUCGGGGUUUUCGUUGGAUGUGUCUGCGCUUUUAUGUUUCCCAGUGGGUUCUUCGGUUCUAACGCAAUCCCUCGCCGCAAUAACAAUCUCGUGGGAUCCAAGAUUCAGGCAAAUUCAGCUGAAUGCGAAUCAUCAGAUCAGGUCAACAUGUUGAAAUCAAAGUUUGUGGCAGUAUCAGAGAAAAACGCUCAGCUGAAAAAACAGGUCAGGGAGUUGACUGAGAGGCUUCAACUGGCAAAGCAAGGGAGUGAUCAGGCUCAAAAGCAGUUUCUUGCUUUGGGUAAACAGCCUAAAGCUGGGCCUUUUGGUACUGUUAAGGGAUUAAGAACUAACCCUACUGUUGUUCCUGAUGAAUCUGUGAACCCAAGAUUGGCACAGAUAUUAGAGAAAGUAGCAGUUCGAAGGGAGCUUAUAGUUGCCCUUGCAAAUGCCAACGUGAAGGAGAUGCUGGAAGUUUGGUUCACCAGCAUCAAGAGAGUUGGUAUAACCAAUUAUCUGGUGGUUGCUUUAGAUGAAGAAAUUUCAAAAUUUUGCGAGUCAAAACAAGUUCCAGUGUACAAGAGAGAUCCAGAUGUAGGUAUUGAUUCCAUUGGAAGAAUUGGAGGCAAUCACGCAGUUUCUGGGCUUAAAUUUCGCAUUCUUAGAGAAUUUCUGCAGUUGGGAUAUAGUGUUCUUCUAUCAGAUGUCGACAUUGUGUAUUUGCAAAACCCUUUUGAUCAUCUGAUCCGGGAUUCAGACGUAGAGUCCAUGAGUGAUGGUCAUAACAAUAUGACUGCUUAUGGGUAUAAUGAUGUCUUUGAUGAACCUGCAAUGGGUUGGGCUCGAUAUGCUCAUACUAUGAGGAUAUGGGUUUACAACUCUGGUUUCUUCUAUAUCAGACCCACAAUCCCUUCAAUUGAACUUCUGGAUCGUGUGGCCACCCGACUUUCCCGGGAGAAGGCUUGGGACCAGGCUGUUUUCAAUGAAGAACUCUUUUAUCCCUCGCAUCCUGGCUACAUUGGGCUACAUGCUGCCAGAAGAACAAUGGAUAUGUACCUCUUCAUGAACAGCAAGGUUCUGUUUAAGACCGUGAGGAAGGAUGCUAGCCUCAAAAAACUUAAACCGGUAAUUAUUCACGUAAACUACCAUCCAGAUAAGCUCCCACGAAUGAAAGCAAUUGUUGAGUACUACGUGAAUGGAAAGCAGGAUGCUCUCCAACCUUUCCCUGAUGGCUCAGAUUGGUGACCUUCUGCUGCCGAGGUAUUUGUUUGGCUUCUUGUUACCGUAGGUCAUAUAAGACACACAUGUCCUAGAAAUAUCUCAUUAUAUAUGGACAAUUUAGUAAGGCCUGUUGCCCCCUUCAAAGAUGGUUGUGCUUUUUCCUUCUUUAUUUCUUUUCUUUAGGCGGGGGUUCCACACGUUUUCUGUAAUGUUUGUUGUUAGCUAUAGAAAGCUUUUAUUGUUUUAUUUCAACCCUAUUCAAAUUGGGAAUGAUUUGCAAUUUGUUGGCAUGACAUCAAACAAACCCCUGCGACAUUUUACGGUCAGGAAAGAUUUUCUUUAGAAGCUUU